GUGGGGUUUCGACGCAGCCUGUGGAUUGAGGGCCGGCGGCGCCUGCCCCGUCUAGGGCUCUGUGCAGCAGGCGGGCAUUGCUUUGCGAGAACUAGUGUGGGCAGAAACCAACAUCACUGGCAGAACUGGAAACCCGAGACGCGAUAGCCGUAACCAGGCAACCGCCCGCGGUUCGAGGUGCGCACGCGCACUCCUCCGCGGGUCAGCGCAUGCGCUGUCGCCUCCCGCCAGUCUACCAGCCUUCGAGUCCAACGACCGAAUGGGAAGAACGCGCCUGCGCCAGAGCACCGCUCGGGUUCUCCGCUCAGCAGAAAGCAGUUCUCGGCAGGUGCACCUGCUGGCAUCAGUCGUUCAGGACUGAUUCUUCCUUCGAGUCUGAUUGAAGAAUCCCUACUAUUCACGCAUCCUACAACGAGAAACGGCUGCGAGACAGAGUCAGCGUAACCGGGGCGACGUUUAGGAGCGGCCCCCCCCGCGCGCCCUCCCAGGCAGUUCAAAUUAAGGAUAACCCAGACCCUGCUUCUCUCUGAAAGUGGCAUCUGAUCGUGCAGGAGCUCCGCCAUGCAGCCGCCGCCGCAGGCUGUCCCGCCCAACGUGGUGGGGCCGCCUCCCACGGGGAGCCCUCCAAGCAUGUUCUGGUCCGGCAGUUCAUACAGGAGACAGGCGGCGGCGAGUGCACCGGGGGCUGCGGUAACUGGCCCCCUGCAGCCGGUAACGGACCCGUUCGCUUUCAGUAGACGGGCACUUCAGAGCACCUCACUGGGCAGUUCGUCCAAAAGCAGCCCUCCUGUGCUGCUGGGCUCGGCCCCGCCAGCGUUCCUUCCGCCCCCGGGUCUGCCUGUGCCUCACACGGAUGCUGGGGACAGCUCCCAAGGAUUCCACGCGCCUCUGCCGAGACCUCUGUCGCAGCCCCGGCCAGCGGCCAGCCCCUUUUCCAGUGUGUUGACCCCUUCGGCACCUCCUGGGCCCGAACUGAACAGGAGCGCCCAGGCCACUUCCAGCUCUGAACACGAAACCCAGGCUCAGUACAUUCCAGGAGGGGGUUCCAGCACUUCUCAUGGCGGCCCCCCACAUGGGCACCUGCCUGGGCCUGACAGGCCCCCGAGUGGACAGAACCCUCACGAUGGCGCUGCAGCACCCACCGCGUCCUCUUUCUUCCCGCAGCCACAUCCGCAGAUGCCAGGGCAGUGGGGGCCGGCCCAGGGCGGCCCACAGCCCUCCGGGCAUUAUUGGCCCCGCCCAGAAGGCCCGGUUGCCAAUGCGGCACCGCAGGCCUCCAGCGCCUCCCGCCUCCCUGCUCUGUCCAGCCCGCCUCAGGGGCCUGCCCACGAGCAACACCAGCCUCCCGCCCCAGGACCUGCGGUCGACGGGAAAGAUGGGGCAGCCUCACUGCAGAGUGGACACCACUCGGCAAGUCCCUUUGGCCUGGAGAGCACGUUCAGGCAGAGUGUCCGCGGGGGCAGUGCCGGGGCCGGCCAGGAGGUCAGGCCAAGUCCCACCGUUAGUCACGAGCAGGGGCCACACCCUCCUCUCGGGAACCCCUCCGCCCAGGGCAGCAGCCAGGAAAGCCAUUCGCAUUGCCCUCUGGGCAGCCGCGCCCUGCCAGAAGCAGACUCGGGCACGCUCUCCCUGUUCUUCCGAGGCGGAGAGAUGGAGAACGAGGAGUCCCUUUCCUCCGAAAACACAGGCUCCGCGGCUCCGUCUUACUUUGACGGUUUCUCCCCCAGCCCUGUUCUGGGCCCUCCUCCGGCACAUGCGGGCGCAGGCGGUGGCUACCAGGCCUUUCUCAGAGCCUCCCGCAGCGAGGCCGCACAGCAGGGAGGAGACAUGCAACCGUACUUUCCUCAGUCUGCGGGCACCCAGCUCGCUCAACCAGCCGCUAAGAAUGCUGCUGCUGACAUGUGGGGUGACACGACAGGCGCAGGCACUCAUGACGCUGGCGGCUCACACUGUGAGAAUGUGGAGAACUUGGAGUUCACUCAGAACCAGGAGGUUCUGCCAAGUGAGCCCCCACAUUUGGAUGCCUCCUCCCCAGGCGAUCACCCCAGAUAUGCACCUCUUCCCGGGCCCCCAGGCCCCAGGCUCAGUGUCACAGGCCACCCGGCGGGCGGGGGCUCCAACCUCGAGGCCCUGGACGCGCCGCUGCACCCCGUGCGGUCUGAUAGCGUGUCGUCUAGUUACAGCAGCAAGAGCCACAGGAGUGCGUCCAGCACAGCCAGGCCCCAGGACCUGGGCACCUUCAUCCAGCAGGAAGUCGGUAAACCCGAGGAGGAGGCUCCCGGGAGCUUUUUUAAGCAAAUCGAUUCUUCUCCUGUGGGAGGCGAGACAGAUGUGACCACCAUGAGCCAGAAUUACCACCACAGCCUGUCCCAGCCCUUGACCCCAAGCCCCCCCAAACCUACAGGGGUCUUUCAGACGAGUGCAAAUAGUUCUUUUGAACCAGUGAGAUCCCACUUAGUUGGAGUCAAACCAAUUGAGGCAGAUCGUGCCAACGUGGUGGGUGAGGUGAAGGGGAGCCAUGCCCACCAGAAGCACAGACCAGCCGCUGUACCGCCCGACGCCUGCCCUGGCAACCUGGAGCAGCCACCAGACAACAUGGAGACCCUCCUGCCACCUCAGGUCUGCCCUCUGCCUCUUCCCUCGCCCGCAGAAGCCAGUCACAGGCUUUCGCACCCGGGAGGGCCGCCCUUGGAGACGGUGCCUGCGACACCGGAGAAGAGGCCCUGGACCCGGGCCCAGGGAGCCAGGAAGUGUGAGAGCCCAGCCACGACUCUGUGGGCGCAGAACGAGCUGCCAGACUUCGGGGGUAACGUCCUGCUGGCCCCCGCCGCUCCUGCACUUCACGUGCCUGGGAAGCCUCAGCCAUCCGAAGUGGUUCAACCUCCAGACAAGGGGGUGUCCGGCCAGCGGGCCGGGCCGCCGGGCUGCCUCGCCCCUCUGCAAGGCGCGGAGGGCAUUGGUGCUUCUGAGAACCUGGAGAACCCUCCCAAGCUGGGGGAAGAGGAGGCCCUCCUGUCACAGGCAAGUUCUGGUUAUGCCAGCCUGCUGUCCUCGCCGCCCACUGAAUCUUCGCACAGCCAACCAGUCUUGAUCGCUCAGCCCGAUCAGAGCGCUCACCUGGCUCAGCCCCUUCCUUUUCCCGUGUCCUUGUCCCAUCCCACGGAGAAGACCCCGUCCUGGAGAGAGGCUCGGGUUGGGGACAGGUCUGCCGGAAGCAGCCGGGCCGCGGGGGCUGAUGCUGGAGAAGCCGCGCCUCUGUCUGGGGUUCCAGCCAGCGCGCUCACCUGCUCGCCUCUGUCUCACAGCCUUGCCCAGAGUAACUUCCCACACGUUUCUGCUCUUUCUGAAACGGUUUCCACUCCACCUGCUAAUUUGCUGGUUCAGCCACCAUCUCAUCCAGCUCCAAAGAACUUGCUUCCAGGUCAGAAGAGCCCCAGUGCCGAGAGUGCGCUGCCGGAGUUGGUUAGUAGCCCUGCCGGGAGCACAGGCCUCCUGCUGGUGGCGCCCGCAAGCGACGCCUUGGGGCCUCAUAGUAAUAAGGCAGACCCCCCCAGGAAUCGGGAAGAGACUUGGGGAGCCCUAGACUUCACGCUGAAUGGGACCGUGGAGAAGCCUGUGAGGAUGGGUAGCCUGCCCCAUGCCGAUGGCCCAGCUGCUGCUCCGCAACCCACCCCCAGUCCUCCCAGUCAGCCUGGGCCUGCGGCACGUGACCCAGACCGUUUCUACCAACAGGUGACGAAAGGUGCUCCCAACCAGCGUGGCCCCGAGAGAGCCCAGCAGGAGCCAGCUCCUCCCCCACCAGGGCCCACAGCAGCGCCUUUCGAACCCUCCAACCCAGAAAGCCCACCAGCACCAGGGCAGCCCCAGAACUCGGCCCAGUCACCUGCCAGUCCGGCUCCUGCGACCUGGGCAGCCGUGCCGCCGGGCCAGCCGUGGGUGCCGCCGCAGCCCCUGGACUUGGCGUCAUACUACUAUUACAGGCCCCCGUACGACGGCUACCCGGCCCAGUACCCCUCUCCAUACCCACCAGACCCGGGCACAGCCCCGCUCUACCAGGACAUCUACGGCCUGUACGAUCCCAGGUACAGGCCCUACGAUGGCGCGGCGUCCACCUACGCUGAGAACUACCGCUACCCCGAGCCGGAGCGGCCCAGCUCCCGGGCGAGCCACUGCUCAGACCGGCCAUCUGCCAGGCAGGGGCCUCCUGAGGGCUACUACAGUUCCAAGCGUGGAUGGAGCAGCCAGAGCGAUUACGCCAGCUACUACGGCGGCCAGUACGACUACGGAGAUCCGGGCCGCUGGGAUCGGUACCCCUAUGGGUCCGGGUUCAGGGAUCCCCGCCCCUAUGACCGCAGGUAUUGGUACGACGCGGAAUACGAGCCGUACAGGAAAGACAGCUACACCUAUGCUGACAGGCCCGAGAGGUACGACGACCCCUGGAGGUACGACCCUCGCUUCACAGGGAGUUUUGAUGACGACCCUGAGCCCCACAGAGACCCCUACGGGGACGACGUGGACCGGCGCAGCGUGUUUGCCGCCACAGCAGCUUCAGCGCCCACUCGCAGCAGGUGCGCGCGGGCCCGCGUGGGGCGGCAGGCAGGGUCCACAGCUCUGUGUAGACCCAGCCAGGUUUACAGAAGCUGCAAUGUGACCGUGGGGCCGUAUGAGGCCCCGCCGCCACCAGGCUCCUUCCACGGGGACUAUGCCUACGAUGCCUACAUGAGCAACUUCAGCAGCACCCAGGGCUUCCCAGAGUACGGCUACCCUGCCGACGCCGGCUGGCCCGCUGUGGAGCAAGCUCCGUCGAGACCCACUUCCCCGGAGAAGUUCUCCGUGCCCCAUGUCUGUGCCCGGUUUGGUCCUGGGGGUCAGCUCAUCCGCGUGAUCCCCAAUCUGCCCUCGGAGGGACAGCCGGCCCUGGUGGAAGUGCACAGCAUGGAGACGCUGCUACAGCACCUGCCGGAGCAGGAGGAGAUGCGCGCCUUCCCGGGGCCGCUGGGCAAAGACGACACCCAUAAGGUGGACGUCAUUAACUUUGCGCAGAGCAAAGCCACCCAGUGUUUGCAGAAUGAGAGCUUGCUUGACAAAGAGUCCGCAAACCUCCUCUGGAGCUUCAUCAUCCUGCUGUGCAGACAGAACGGGACCGUGGUGGGCACAGACAUUGCCGAGCUGUUGUUACAAGACCACAGGACGGUGUGGCUUCCUGGGAAGUCACCCAACGAGGCCAACCUGAUCGACUUCACCAACGAGGCCGUGGGUCAGGCCGAGGAGGAGGAGGAGUCGGUGGAGGCCCAGCUCUCCUUCCUCACCGACAGCCAGGCCGCCACCAGCUCUCUGGAGAAGGAGACGGAGCGGUUCCGGGAGCUGCUGCUCUAUGGCCGCAAGAAGGAUGCUCUGGAGGCCGCGAUGAAGAACGGCCUGUGGGGUCACGCUCUGCUGCUUGCCAGCAAGAUGGACAGCCGGACACACGCCAGAGUCAUGACCAGAUUCGCCAACAGUCUUCCCAUCAACGACCCUCUGCAGACCGUCUACCAGCUGAUGUCCGGGCGGAUGCCUGCAGCGUCUACGUGCUGCGGCGAUGAGAAGUGGGGAGACUGGAGGCCGCACCUUGCCAUGGUUCUGUCCAACUUGAACAACAACAUGGAUGUGGAGUCCAGGACGAUGGCCACGAUGGGCGACACGCUAGCCUCGAAAGGCCUCUUGGACGCUGCACACUUCUGCUACCUCAUGGCUGAAGUUGGAUUUGGGGUUUAUACCAAGAAAACCACAAAACUCGUCUUAAUUGGAUCGAACCACAGUUUGCCAUUUUCAAAGUUUGCGACCAAUGAAGCCAUCCAGAGGACAGAGGCCUAUGAGUACGCGCAGUCGCUGGGCACGCAGUCCAGCCCCAUGCCCAACUUCCAGGUGUUCAAGUUCAUCUACUCCUGCCGCCUGGCCGACAUGGGGCUGGCCACACAGGCCUUCCACUACUGCGAGGUCAUCGCCAAGGGCAUCCUGCUGCAGCCGCACAGGCACUCCCCCGUGCUCAUCAGCCAGCUGGUCCAGAUCGCCUCCCAGUUACGCCUCUUCGACCCGCAGCUGAGAGAGAGGCCGGAGGAGGAGUCCUUUGUGGAGCCUGCCUGGCUGGUGCAGCUGCAGCGUGUGGAACGGCAGGUCAAGGUGAGCGUGGCUUCGUCGCGGCUGGCACUUCUUGUGGCUGGUUUCCACCUGUGGCAUUGGGCGUGGACAGGACGGAAGGCGUGCGGGUGUGUGGGAGGGCCUCUCGGGGAUGAGGCGGGACAAGACUCUCAGCAGGUCCCGUGGCAUUGGAUGCCCGGGGGCAGGUGGGUGGCCGGUCUGAGCCCCAGAAACAAAGGGUGGGUCCUGCCGCUCACGGUGCCUCCCCUCAGCGCUGGCAGGUGUCUGUUCACUGCUCCAGCCGUGAUGCCAUCUCGGCGUGUCCUGCUGGGUGGCAGGCCUUCCUGUCUCUCAGGGAGGAGCCGGCCGUGCCAAUACCGCACCACAACUGAUCGCACCGAGCAGCUGCAGGGACAGGACAGAUGUGGCCUUGGCACCUUUGACUCUUCUCCAUGUCCCCAUCAUGCAGCUCCGCCGACGCUCCCUGAGGGCCUGCCCGCCGUCCCUGCCGGGGUGCCCAUGUUCCCUGUGCCGCCCCCGGGCCAUGGGGAGCCAGUGCCUGGCUUUGCAGAGCCCUCUGGGCCAGACCCCGCGGCCCGGUACCCAGGGCCUGGCCUGCCACCCAGCGCACCGUCUCUGCAGGAGAGCGCACACCUGCUCCGGGCCCAGGACCCAGGAGCGCUGCCCCAGGACCCCCGCGGGAGAGGCUCGCUGGCGGAGCGAAGAGAAGAGGAUCUGGGUGGCAAGUCUGAGAAUGCGUGCCCCUUGAUGAGCCUGUUCUGUGGGCUGGCUCUCAGGUUGGCCCAGGGCUCCAGGGCUGCCUUCCUGUCCGCCUCCUUCCCUCUCCUCUCCUCUCCUCGCUCUCGCUUUCCGGCCUCUCAGGGAUAUCCGUUCUGGGGCUCCUGGGCGGUGCCCCAGGUGAACCGGCUCCCGCGUUGCCUUGGACAGGGCUCCCCGAGGAUGCCGCAGGACUCCGAGGCCCCCCCAGCGUGGGGGGGUGCCAGCCUGGGGGCCCUGCAGCCUCCGUCUCGGACGCCCGCUCCUGCAGGGAAGAGCCCGGUGCCAGCAGCCAAGAAAGAGCCCAAGGAGCCUAAGAAGGUAACACGGCCGCCUCCAGCGGGGCCGGCUUGGCUCCCACAGCCCUGGGCACCCGGAGGCCAGGGCCAGGCGGUCCUUUCUUCUCUAAUUAAGCCAGACGCGUUUUCAGAGGAGCCACAGUGUGAGGGGCACAGUGGUGGGCGUUCUGUCUGUGCCCACGUGUCACACCUCCCCGCUCGGAGCUCGCGCUGGCUGUCUGGGAAGAAGAGGACGGAAGCGUACUUGCCAGACGACAAGAACAAGUCGAUCGUCUGGGACGAGAAGAAGAACCGCUGGGUGGACACCAAUGAGCCGGAGGAGGAGAAGAAGGCUCCGCCCCCACCCCCAGUGUCGCUCCCCAAGGCUCCGCAAGCUGCCGCCCCUGGGCCUGGCGGGGCCCCCAGAGCCUCUGUGAACAUGUUUUCUAGAAAAGCAGGUAAGAGUCAGGCCAGAAGCGGGCGCUGGUUUGGAACUCCCCGAGAGCCGCUGGCCGUCCUUUCCCCGGAGAGGGGUGCCGCAGGGUGCAGGGGGCCUCAUCCCCUCCCUCCUCGCGUGCCCGCCCUCCACGAGUACACGCGUGUGGGUAGGUGGACACGGCCGGCUGCUGGGAUGUGUCAGCCCCUCCCUGCUGUCUCCUGCACAGACGCAGAGGGAGCCCCACCUGCAGAAGUGUCUGGCAGGGAAGGGCAGGCGUUACCUGGGGGUCCAGUCCUUCCAGAACCUUCCUCGGAACCCCAGGUUGUGAGCCCGGCCAACUCGCUCCCUGCUUCUGAACUGGCCCCCUGCCCAGUGGACGGCCCCCAGGGGGGAGAGCUUUCGCGCUGUAGCUCAAUGAGCUCACUGUCCCGUGAAGUGAGCCAGCACUUCCACCAGGUACCCGUGGCUGGCGGUUCUCACGCCUCAGCCACCUCGGGGAGCGCCAGGCCUGGGAGGAUUGGCCAGAGGAAGUACCCGGUGCUGAGGUAGAUGACCCUGCGCCGUCAGCACGGGACCCGAGACUGCUCUCCACCGACACUCGGCUGACUGCCCGGCCUCCCUCCUGUGCCCGAUGGACACGCAGCAGAGCCACGUGCUCGCACCUGGUGAGGAAGAGCUGCCAGGUACCCACAGCUCCCAGAUCCGAGGACAGGAGGGACCUUCGGCUCCCCUUCUACCUAAGAAUGAGUUCAGGAUAAGCCUUUGUAGUCACGUAGGAAUGUUGUGCUGAGCACAGCCGGACGCCCUUUGCUGCUGGGGAGCUGAGCUGCAGGGACUCAUGAUGGCGAGUAGCUGCCAGGUUCAUCCUCAGUUCCUCGAAGACGCUGGAGGGAAGAGCAGGCCUGACUGAGUGGCCCCGACGCCUGCUCUGCAGCCACUGGGCCAGCUCCCGCCCCGGCGCCCGCAGCCCCGACAGCAGUCGCUGGCGGGUGUGUUCACCAGCCUCAGAGGGAAGGCGGUGGCGGCCUGGCAGCCGAGCCUCAGGCGGAGACGCCGUGGUCAGCGUGGUGCCCUCCUCCCGCAGCAAAGGCGUGUCUGCGGCCCAGCAGGACCACGAGGGUCCCUGCAGCCAGGGGCCUGGCUCUGUCCGCCCGCGAGGGAGGAACAGCCACGGCACAGCCUGGGUUCCGUGGGACUGGUCCUCGCCGAUCAGCCGUUGUGGAAGCCCUGACUGGGCUCACCUGGGGGGCUCAGUGAGCAGCCUGGCUGGGCUCCGGCAGAGCAGCUGUGUGGUUGCCAGCUCUGCACCCUCCAGCGACGUGCCCUCGCCUGGCUGGCACUGUUGGCGACAUCUUGACGAAAGUGGCUGAACAUACCUUCUUGCCAGAAGUUCCUGAAGCUGACCUCUGCCCUGGUCUCCCCACACCGAGCCCGGCAGGGCCGACCGCUGCCCACCGUGCGAACCUGCCAAGGCCUCCUCCCCCCGGGCUCCCUCCAGCUCCACCUUCACGACGGUUCUCAGAACCACUCACCUUGUUAAGCCUGAAGGGCCGAGGACAGGUGGAGAUAUUUAUAAAAUCACUAGGAACUAA